AUGAAUAAAAAAAAAAUGUACAAGAUCACACGACCUGAAAUAUCGAUAUUUUCUUUGGAAGGUUAUCAACCAAUGCUUUAUUACUAUAAUCAAGAGUUAACUUUCCCAGAGUUGGUGACAGAACUACUAUCUCUUGAUAAUAACAAUACGUGCUAUAUACUAGUAGCAGAUCCAGAAAUAUAUUCACAAUACAUCAAACUCAAGUUAUCACCACGAAAUAUAGUCAAUCUUCAGAAGUUUAAAUUGAUCUUAAUUGAAUCAUGGUCAGAAAUUGCUGAGUUUAUAACGUCAAUAGAAGAACGUUGUACGGUUGUUCUAUAUGGUAUCAUUAAAUGGUUUGUUGAAAUGGGUCAUAAUGAGGUGAGCCAUUUUCUUAAGCCCCAUGAAUUUUGUGCAUGGGAGGUUAACAAGUUGUUUCAUAAGAUGUUUAUCAAACACACAGAGAGUAAUGUCAGUAUUAUCGUCAGUGACGGCAUUGGAGAAGAGGAGAAUAACUGCCCGUUGAUUUGGAAUAUUAAUCUACCCAAUAUUCGAACACGAUUAACCGAAACAAAUCAAGAAUCGAAAAUCAGUUUACGUGUAAUAUUUAUUAAAUGGUUUAAAGUAGUCACUCAAAUCAAUGAUAUAGAAUGUAAAUGA